AUGGCAAAUCUUCUUGAAAGGUACAAUAGCAAACAGAACCUACACUCUGGCGUGCAUAUACGCCCCCAACCUGAACCAGUCGCAAUACAUCCGCAGAACCCUCACCGCCUUGACCGACUUCACGGAGGGAACCCUCAUACUUGGAGGAGAUCUCAACAUCCCUCUGGACACCUCCAUAGGACGAAGCAGCAUCCCACAGAGAGAAAUUCAAAGCAUCCUGAAAGCUCUCAGACGCCUGUGGCUGGUGGACUGUUGGAGAGCUUUACAUCCCAUGAUGAAAGAGUACACGCACUACUCGAGAGUCCACGCGAGAUACUCGAGAAUAGACACAUAUUCCUCCAGCAAGAACAGCUCACCGCGCUGCAAGGGGCAACCAUCGAAGCCACCACGUGGUCCGAUCACGGAGCGGUAACUAUGGAAAUGGACUCUCCACUGACAAGACCGAAAGUGAUGACCUGGAGACUGAACGAUACCCUAUUGAUGGACGUGGAGAUCAGAGACAAGAUCGUGGAAGCUUUGGACGCCUCCUUCUCAAACAACGAAACGGAGGAGACCUCGGCCACAUCAGCUCAUAAAUGCGUCCUGAGAGGCCACAUCAUCCAACUGGCUACAAAGAAGAAAAAGGAAACCCAGUGA